CGCUGCCUCGCUUCUCGCCGCCGGCGACGCGCUCCUCCUCGCGCCUGGUCGCUCGGUGGCGGCGCGCCCGGCUGCGCCUCGCGCGCUCGCGACCGUUGCCGAGAAGGAGGGCGAGGAGGAGGGCGAGGACCGGCUCGGGGCGGGCGGCCGCGGCGGCCACGCAGUACGCAACAUGCCCGAGCUGAGCGAGGAGGAGAAGGCGGUGCAGGCGGCGGUGAUGGAGCACCAGCGCGGUGCCGCACGCCUCACCAUGGCCGAGGACGCCCGCUCGCUCGUCGCCUACUCGAGCGGGUACGCGGUGCUGUCGACGCUCUCGUCGCAGGUCGACGGGUACCCGAACGGUGCCCUGGUCGGCUUCGCGCCGGACGCGAGCGGCCUGCCCGUGUUUGUCUUUUCGGCCAUGUCGAGCCACACCAAGGACCUCUCCAAGGUGGGCGGCCAGGCGGCGCUCACCGUGACGGCCAAGGGGUUCGAGGGCGCCGCUGACGGGCGCGUGACGCUCAUCGGCGACGUGGAGCGCGUGGGCAAGGAGCAGGUCGAGAAGGAGGGGCUGAAGGAGCUGUACAGGGAGCGGCACCCAAACGCGUUCUGGGUCGACUUUGGCGACUUCACCUUUUACCGCAUGGCCAGCCUCAAGGCGGUCAACUUUGUGGGCGGGUUCGCGCGUGCCGCUGCGCCGUCGCCGGAUGAGUAUCUGAGCGCCGAGGUCGACCCGAUCCAGGCGUUCGCGGCGCCGGUGAUGGGCCACAUGAACGACGACCACGCCGAGUCAACGGUUGCGAUGGUGAUGCACUACGUCGGCCUCCCUGAUGUGGAGGCGGCGCAGCUGGUGGCGCUCGACCGGCUGGGCUUCAUGGUGCAGGUGACGCGCCAGGGGCAGACCUUCAAGCUGCGGCUGCCCUUCCCGCGCGCCGCCGCCGACCGCAAGGACGUCAAGAGCCUCAUCGUCGAGAUGACGCAGGCGGCUUACAAGGACGAGUCGGUGCAGGCCCACCUGGCGGCGCUCGCGAAGCCCGAGGAGAGCGCGGCGGCCGCGGGGGCCUAGCUUUGCGGCCCGCGCGCGGUGGGGUGUGACGAGUGUGGCGCAGCGCCACGCUGGGAGCGGCGAGAGCGAGGGAGAAGUUGAGAAGCUCGCGCACCGCCAUAUACGUGUACCCUAAGUUUCUCCGAGACCU